AUGUCCUUUUUAUUUGAUAAAGUUGAUGAGUUUAAUGUAAAAUUACAGAGCAUAGUUCAAAAAGUAAAUGAUAAUGAUAUUAGGCAUAAUGCUUAUGAGAACAAAAUGUCUUUUAUUGAACGUGAAAUUAAUAUCUUGAAAGGAAAAAUUAAUAUUUCCGAACAGGUUAAACUCGCUAACAAUCUGCAUAUAUCCGGUGCACCUAAAACAAAAAAUGAAAAUUUGAAGCUAGUAGUAUUUACGCUAGCUAAAAUUGUUAAUGUUGAAGUGAAAGAAGAGAAUUUAAAUAAAAUCUACCGAAUAAGAAAUAAAGAUGAAAAUAACAGCCGUAUUAUCAUUGAAUUGAAUGACAAUGAAGUGAAGAAUACUUUAUUGUGUGCUAUCAAAUCCAGAUUCAAAACAAAAACACCUAUACUCGUCAAAAAAAUGCAUAAGAGUUUUCCUGAAAACCACAUUUAUGUGAAUGAGCAACUAUCUGUGGUGAAUAGAAAAAUGUUUUGGCUUGCAAAACAAAUUUCAAAGAAAUAUAACAUCGAUUAUGUGUGGGAAAAUGGAAGUGGAGUCUUUUUGGAAAAAAUCUGA